AUGCAGCUCGAGUACCUAUACAGUCUCUUUACUCUUCCACUUCUAGUCGGAUUGGCCGCUUUUUUCAUUGCUGCUAUUCAGCUUUUCGCCCCAAAGGCUCGGACGCCUGUCGUUGUUUUCCCGUAUCAGCCAAGCCAUGUUGCAGUUAGGAAGCGUGCUUCGUCACCGGAUAUCGACAACCAAUCUUUGAAAUCACUAGUUCUCUCAAGAUGCACAAGCCUCUUCUCUGAAUACAGAUCGUCAUGGUGGCUCCCAAAUGGGCAUCUUCAAACUGCGUAUAGCGUUAUGGCAGACUUCACGAAGACAGACAAAAUGUACUACAAUAGGCAGUAUAUUCGCUUACUUGAUGGAGGAACCCUUGGCCUCGAUUUCGCUCCCGUGGACUCCUCCAAACUCAAGUCGGACUCACCGAUAAUAGUUGUACAGCAUGGUUUAACCGGUGGUUCGUAUGAAGCCUAUGUCAGGGCAGUCCUAUACCCCGCUUGUGCCCCACUCGAACAAGGAGGCUUGGGUUAUCGUGCCGUUGUCAUCAACUUCCGCGGAUGCGCUGGGGUGCCCAUUACUAGCUCGAUGUUAUACUCAGCGGGUCACACUGAUGACUUACGCCAGGCUUUGUUCUACAUAUCACACACAUACCCCGAGGCUCCCUUGCUCGGACUUGGUUUCUCUUUGGGCGCCAAUAUCAUCACUAGAUAUGUUUCGGAAGAAGGUCCACGAUGCAGGUUGUCCUCUGCUUGUGCUCUAGCUUGCCCAUGGGAUCUAGCCCAGAACAAUGAACAGCUCCUAAGCAGUUUCAUCGGCAGACACGUUUACGCGAAAGCGUUAGGCACCAACCUACUCAAUCUUGUUAAGCGGCAUGAAAACGCUUUACUGACAAAUCCUAGCGAUCGGAUUCUCGAAGCCGUGGCCGCAGCACGAACAUUGAAGAAUCCCACUUUGAGAGACUUUGACCAUGCUUUUUCGCGUAUUGCUUCAGGCCCUCCACCUUCCUUCCCGUACGUAUCAGCAGAAGCUUAUUAUGAUGGACAGUCCAGUCAUCACGCGGUGAAAGGUGUACAGGUCCCGUUUUUAUCCAUCAACUCUGCAGAUGAUCCUAUUGUACAAUCGGUUCCAAUGGAUGGCAGGGGUAAUGGCUUUGUGGUGAUGGCCUUGACACCCGGAGGUGGUCAUUUGGGAUGGUUCCAGUCUGGUGCGUCGUGGCGAGAGGUGGACAGGUGGACGACGCAGCCCGUGCUUGAGUGGAUGCGAAUGACUGGUGAAAUGUUAGUCGGAGAUACAUACAAAUGCCGGCAUUUGCAGGUUGAUGCGGAGGGAUGGAUAAAAGAACAAGGCAUAGAUCAUCUUGGCUGCAAGCCUGCGGAAGGCGGAGGUAUCAUUGAUAGUAAUGCUGUUGACGACAGGACCAUGCAAGGUCUGUAG